AUGGAUCCAUAUAAUUUCCCUGAUAAAAAUUCCAUUGAAUUUAACCCCAAUCCAACGUUAACCCUAAAUCAAGUCAACUCUAAAUGGGCCAACCUUAACUUCAAACUACAGCGAUCUCGCCAAAUUCCGCAAAAAGUCCCUUUAACUACAGUCAAACCUCCGUCAUAUCGCCCUUUUCUCCCAGAGUUUAGAGAUGUGACUGUAGCAAAAUUUAAUAAAGAUAGAAUAUUUAUUCAGAUAAAUGGUGAGGAUAUAAUUUAUGUUGAGAUAUAA